AGAAAAGUGAAAUUUCCUUGAGAGAAAUGCUGAAUUUACAAACGAUGUGAUUUUGCAAUUCAUCGUGUUGAUUUUCAUUUUGUAAGAGUCGCAUUUUUCGCGCUUAUCGCGUGUCUCUGCAUUCUAUUAUUUUUAUUAUUUAUAUUAUUCUUUUGAUACUGCAAUAAAUCAAUCCACCAACGGAAAUGAACUGUUUACCUUUCAGUGACGCUUGAUCAUUGACAUUUAUUCCAGUUUUCUGCUAAAUACGUAGAAUACGCGUGCGACGCUAGCAAUAUUGUCAUUCGCAAAUCGUAAUCUAACCUGAAAUCAAGCCGACAGCUAAAAGUUGUUUACUAUUGUCUGUGCGUUAUUCAAGACGUUAUUUAUGGCCAACAUGACUUGUGCAGAGUGUAAUUUAGUUCAGUAGUUUUAUAAUUCAACGACCUGUGGAAAUAAUUGUAAUUUCAUAAAAGGAGCAUAAGUGUAAAUAAUAAUAUUAAAACAUGAUCAGAAUGGCUGGAUCAAAUGAGUUAUUUUAUGGUGAACCAGAGCAGGAUGCUAAUUCUGCUCUCAUGGAACUUGAUAAAGGUUUACGAUCCACUAAAAUUGGAGAGCAAUGUGAAGCUAUUGUUCGGUUUCCAAGACUGUUUGAAAAAUAUCCUUUUCCUAUUUUAAUCAACUCAUCUCUCUUGAAAUUAGCUGAUGUGUUCAGAGUAGGAAGUAACUUCUUAAGAGUAUGGGUUUUACGAGUCUGUCAACAAACCGAUAAACACUUGGACAAGAUUCUUAAUGUUGACGAAUUUGUAAAAAGAAUUUAUAGUGUGAUGCAUUCCAAUGACCCAGUGGCUAAAGCAUUGACUCUUCGUACUUUAGGAAGCGUUGCAAGAAUAAUACCAGAGAGAAAGCAUGUUCAUCACAGCAUCAGAAGAGCUAUGGACUGUCAUGAUUUGGUGCAAGUUGAAGCAGCUAUUUAUGCAGCACAAAUGUUUGCUGCUCAGUCAAAACAAUUUGCCAUUUUUAUGUGUAGUAAAAUCUCAGACAUGAUAAAAGGUCAAUCAACUCCAGCAUCAAUGAAAUUGCAGUUGAUACCAAUUUUACAGUAUAUGCAUCAUGAUAUUUCCACAGCUUCUAUGGCUAAUGAAUUAUGUUUAGAGCUCUUACAAAGCUAUCCAGCAGCAGAAUUUGUUAAAGUGACACUAAGUGCUUCAACCACUUUAGCAUCUGCAACUUUGAUUAAUGUAUCAGCACAAGUGACAUUGUUAAUUAAAUAUUUAGUUGAAGAUCCAAGAUUAUCAAUUAAGACUCAUGCAUUGUCCUUGUUACAUACACUAGCUAAAAAUGGAGCACACUUAUGGCCCCAAGCAGCUGUAGCACAAUUGAUAGAUAAUACAGACAAACUUUUGAAAAAUAACUCUACCAAUAAAUAUUUACUUAUAAAAUCAUUGCAAGUCAUUGAGGUUCUGAGCGAAAGUCCUGUUAUUUGUGAAUCUAAUAUGGAUGAAGGAAAUGCACUUGUAAUUUUAUGUUCAAAUGCUUGUUAUUCUCCUAAUCCCAUCAUUGCUGUAAAAGCUGUAACAAUAUUAGCCCGGCUGGCUUGUUACUGUUAUGAAGAAAAUUUACCAGUAUACUGCAUUCAAGAUUUGGUUGCCUCUUUAGAAUCUUUAGUAACUCUUUUAUCUUUGGAUGACAAGUACCUGUAUCAAUUAAAAGUAUGCUUAAAAAUGAUUGUUAAACUUUGUCAAGCUCAACAUAGUCAUUGCAGUAACUUUGUUGAUGCAAUAUGUUCAACGCUAAUGAACACAAGUGAUAGUGACAAACAGAGCUCAAAUCAAGAAGUUGCUCUAUGUGAAGCCCUUGGUGCAAUUGGUGGUCUAAAAGAAGACAUUCUACUUCCUCUUUUACCAGAAAUUUUAAAUAAACUACAACAUACAUCUCAUGAACACACCAAAGUCAUGCUGUGUACUUUACUUUUUCAACUAGUUGCUGGUGGGUUUGAUUGGAAUGCUGAAUGUCUGGAGGUUAUUGAUAUGACAGUCAAAUCUGUAAAUGACUGGAAUAAAUAUAGAAUAGCUCGGAAUGCUACCAGAUAUGGGCAUCAUAGAAUCGCAAUGCAACUAUUUAAAAUUUUAAAAGAAACUGUAGCAUCUGAGCAACACCACUUUUGGUUAUUAGGAUUAGAGCUGAUGUCAAGUGCAGAAAACUACUUAAUAGAUGAUUCCUUGAAUGCUGGAAAAAAUGCCACAAUUGCAAAAUUAAAUGGUGCUAUAUCUCUGUACUCCAGUGCUUGUGCAUCAUUCAAAGCUGCUGGAACACAUCAGCAAAACUUACAAUUCGCAUGUGAUUAUUCAAAAUUACGUGGUGAGUUUUUACAAGUUUUGCUGCAGCUCAUACACAAUUGCAGGGCUUUGUGGACUGCCCCGCCAUUCGCUAUUGCCUCGCAAGAAGCUUUAGCCCAAGGAGAUGAGUACUAUAGGUGUGGUCGUGCUUCAACUCAGUUACGAAAAUCGGUCGUUGAGCUACAAACUUUGGCAGAAAAUUAUGAAAAGUUAUAUCAAACGGCUUUCGAUGCUGAUCCCGGCUCAUUGAGCAAUUUAAAAGCUAAUCAAGAGUUGUGCCUUCUACUGGCUCAAAGUGUGCAUGGAAUUUGCGGAGGCCCAGCACCACCAACCGUUGACUCCAUGUUUAAUUUCGGAAAUACAAUCGAGCUGCGUCAAUUCUCGCGAUGCUGCUUUCAACUGAGCGAUUUGGCUCCAAGCGUGAACGGCAGCAGCGCGAGUUGUGGUGCAACUCAAAUGGAUCUACUGAGAACAGCGAACAUAGUUGAACAGAUCGGAGUGCUGACUUCAGGCAAAUUAAGGCUGCCGAUUCCUCGAUUCUUUUACCAGACAAUACAAUCUACUAGCAUCAAAUUGUCAGUCGCUCCACAGCCAAAGGUUGUCAAUGAACCGCUUUCGGUUCCUCAAGGCAGCCAAUUAGCUCUCAAAGUCGAGGGUGUUCUCAGACAUGGCAAGCGAGCCUCACUUUACCGGUCUGUUGCUGCUAUUGUGGUAUCAAUAACAGCUGCUACACAGAUAAAAUCCAGUAGUGAACCAAAGGAACAAAUCAUUACCCAACUCGAACAGACUGUUGUGCCGCAUCGUGACUUCUUUGCUUGUGAAUUUUUGCUCUCUUUGGCCCAACCGAACGCGUGUUCAUUAACGGUCAACAACGGUGGCAAUUACAAUGUGACGACCACUACUAAUAUUGUUGAUGAAAGUGGUAAUGUGUGGAAAAGUGGACCGCAAAGUGUUUUACAAGUACGCGUUCAAGAUGAACCCUCGAGAAAAAAAUUCGUUUAAUAGUACCAUACUUUUAUAGUUUUUUGUUUGGAAGUUUGCUAAAAAUAGUGAAGUAUUAACUAUGUGCGUAAAAAAAUAUAUAAAUUCUGUUUAAUUGUACCAAAACUUUAGAAAUUCAAUAAAAUAACAUGCAUUACAACAAAA